AUCAGGAUGAGUACAGUCUAGUUGCUUGAACAUCAAUGCAAAUGAAAUUUGAAAUUUGAAACAUUUGUUUUUCCCCCUUUUCCUCGUUCUUCUCUAUUAUAUCCUAUUCUAAUGCCUCGUGCCCACAAAGAGACUUCACACUCCUCUAAAUCAAAGAAAACUUCAGCCACCAAAACAAACUCUCCACUGAAGCGACUUGCAGAUUUACGAAGUCAAACGAAGUCAAACACAACAGCACAUAUACGGGCAGACAAUACCACUAAACAAUAUACACAGGUCAUCCAGCGGGUGAGGAAGUGGCUGGAGGAGUUCCUCAAAGUUGAAGAGAAUGCAGGGGGAUGUCUAGAGGAUGAGGUCGAAGAUGUCCCUAUGAGGAAUGAAGAAAUGGCCUCCGAGUUUCAUGGAUGUCUUGAUGGAAAGCCCAAUCAGUUUACUCCUGAAGCCAUUGCAAUGUACAUAUCAUGGAAGUGUUACGAAGAGGGCAGGAAGCUAUCAACAGGAGAAUCAGUUCAUGCCGCAUUCAAGUAUCAUUACACGCACCUUGAAGGCGACAAAUAUCGUGGGGAUUGGCGGUAUGAUGAAGGGAACAAACGAUGGAUUGGAAAUCCCUGUAAUGCAGCAGAGGUUGUCGAUCUCAUGGAGGGAUGUAAGCGAAAAGAUGGGGAGAGCGAACGACAUCAUUCCAAACCAGCAAGCAUCAUCAUCAUGGAGAGGUUGUAUGCUCACUCUAUUUCUGUCUGUCCCGAUGACUAUCCUGUCCUGGAUGCAAAAUCACUUGCAUUCAAGAUUUCGCACCUGCGGUUCCGUGCUUAUUCAUCAUUGGGUUUCACUAUCUGGACAAGAAAUACAGAGACAUCGCAUCUCCAGGCCAAGCAUGUUGACCGCAACCCUCUUCCCAGACCUGGCGCAACACCGAGUGAUCCUCCUUUUAUCCAAAUCAACCUCAGAGACCAGAAAAACUGGCAAAAGAAGCAAGCAAAGAAUGAAACUCAGCUGAACGGACAUCGUUACAACCUGUAUCCUCAGAAGAUCUGUGCAAUAUGUGCUCAAACUCAUCUUUCCAUCUGGAUGGAAUUCUGUGAAGAGCACAUACUCCGCCGACAGUAUGAGCCUGACGACUACAUCUUUCCAACUAUCAAUGCGAACGGUGUGACGUUCCAGUCAAAACAGCCAAUAACACCCGAAGCAGUGCAGAAGAUGAUCGACAAUUUUAUGGUAGCUGCUGGGGUUCCAGGAGCAUUUACAACCCAUUGCUUCCGACGUGGGGGUGCUCAAUACCGGUUCAUGUUUGCACCAAUUGGCGAACGCUGGACUCUGGCUCGAAUUCGAUGGUGGGGUGGAUGGGCACCAAAUGAAAAGCGUGAUACAUUAAUACGGUACCUCUUGGAUGAAUUAAACACGUAUGAAGAAGAUCACAGUGAUGCGUUGGCUCCGAUAGACCGUAGAGCGUCUGAAUCUCAUGCAGGCGAGGCUGCGGAGAUGGGACCACUUUCAGCAGCUGAGGGCCGACAACUCUUUACCAUGGUAGGAUCCACCAUCAAGAAAGAAUUUGCAGCUAUCUACACAUCACAGCAUCAUCUUCCACAAGGAUCAGCGCCCUACGGUCCAUAUCCAUAUCAAGGUUACAUCUGGCCAUCACUGCCUGUUCCGAAACCUUCUCUCAUGCCAUCUCUGAGUUCUUACCUAUCUCAAAUGGCAGCGCCAGCACCAAAUCAAGUGAUCUAUUCCAGUACAGGAUCAUUCACUCCUCAACCAUCAACAAAGAUUCUGCCCGAGUUAGAUUAUCUCCCAAUUAUUCCGAAGAUACGACCUUCCCCGAGUGCAUGGAAGCAAGUCAUCAUUGAUUGGGAACAUCCUGACCCAUCUCGAGAUCAUCACUAUGCACUGAAGGACUGGAAGCCAGAAUGGGCCAAAGUGACUCAACAGGCGGCAUUAUAUGGUCAGCGAAAGUUGAUUGCAUUGGAAUUCAUCGAGAGGUUCGAGCGGGACGAACAAUCAUUUCAGCAGGCCUAUUCAUGUUGUCAGGAUGGAAUCACUCAACUUUUGCUGCAGAUACGGGCGUCGAAACAGGAGAGUGGUACAAUAAAACGCCGCAAGGGUAAAAAUUCCAACUUUGCAGAUAUCUAA